AGAGAGAAAGAGCAACCAAGAAGAAAUUGCAGCAUUUUCUAAUGCAGAUGCUAAAGAUGGGAUGUGUAAAGGGUUUCAAGUAUUUUGAUAUUUAUAUGAGAGGACGUGAGGAAAUGAUAUGCACAAUCAUGAAUGAAGAUAUGUCAAACAAUGAAACGCCUUCUCCUGGGAUCGAAAAGGAACGGUUCACAUUUAACAAAACUGACAGUGGCAGCUUUGAUAAUUUACCCCUUGAACAGAGAGAGUUGAUGCUUUCACAGAAUACUCAACAGAAACUCAGUGGCUUCGGGUAUAUGGAUGUAGGCUUGCCACCAGCCUCACCUAGUGAAAGAGAAAUUGGUCCAAUUAAUACAGAGUCAACAUUAUUCCUCAUAGCUGGCUAUGGGAAGUACAACUGUCCUUAUGUAUGGGUGAGAAGCAACCAUGAUAGACUGGUGAAGGUUUCAGAUAACCCAUCUUUCUCUAAAGACAGUCCACUUAGACUCAAAUCAACAUCAAACUGGGGUGAGAGUGAUGUGAAGGUAUGGCAGAUAAUAGCCGAGUUAGUGAAGCUGUGUACACGGCCGGCCCCUAAGAAUCCAUUUGAGGUUAACAUGGAGUACUUUGACACUCUAAAGAAAGGCGAGAGGGUCAUUGCCUUGGGCGCCAUGGUUUAUUUCCUUCAGAGUGUAGUGACGGAAGGAUGCGAGAGGUCAUUUAGUGGUCUAGUUGCCAAUGAUUUAAGAGAAGUCCACCGCCUUCACCUGAAAGAAUUCCAGGAGGUCAUCAAAGAAAAUGCUUUGAACCAGCAGGAGGCAAAGAACGGAUCUAGUAGGGGAGGCAGUCGGUCCGGAGGAACGUCACCCAGAAAACCGGGAGGCCUUACACCACGAGGGCCUGGUGUAGCUGUUAGUCAGAGGCAACAGACUCAAGCGCAGUACGGAGGAGGGACUUACGGGCAAGCCUACUGAUUUCUUCGUGAAUGUUCAUAUGGAGGCGGACUUAUCAACAUGCCUACUGCUUUACUAUUGAAUAUUCAUACGCAGAUUGAACUUCUGAACAAGCCGACUGAUUUAACGUUGAAUUAUCGUAUCUUGGUGGGACUUUUGGAAGACUUCUGAUGCAAUAUUGAACAUUUUAUGUGGAGGCAGGACUUCUGAACUUGCUUACUGAUUUGAAUAUUCAAAUGGAGGAGGGACUUCUAGGCAAGCCUGCUUAUUUCAAUAGUCAUAUAGAGAUCUUACAAAGAAGCCUGCUGAUUCAAUAUUGAACAUUCAUGUGGAGGAGGGACUUACGAACCACCCUGCUGAUUCAAUAUUGAAUAUUCAUGUGGAGGCAGAACCUCUGAACAAACCUAGUGAUUUAGUAUUGAAUAUAUUCAAAUGGAGGCGUAACGGAGUAGAUUUCGUUGGAUGUGGAGGUGUGGCCUGAAGACGGCAUGGACAACAUUACAGAUGCAAUAUCCAAUAUUCACUCGGUGGGAGGCUUAUGGACAUGCUGGACAUGGGCCAGUAUUUAAUUUGAUACUUAAAGCCAGAAUUUUGAGUAUUUUACUCAGAAUUUUGCCUCAUUAAAAUGCCUUACCAUCUUUGGUAUUCAGUAUAGGGAUGCAUUUGACAGUGAUACUGUAUUUGCUAUAUUUGGUGGGGUUUAUGAACAGACGGGAAACGCCUAAUGAUGUGUCUGGAAUUAGGGAGAUAAUGGAUAUCGAGUACAUGCUUAAUGAAUAUAAUUAUUUUCAUCGAGCAAGGAUUUGUAGAUGCUCAUGGCAUUUUUAUAUUCACUUUCAAAGUGAGGUAGUUAAUUUCGUAUAUUUUGGGACUUGCGUCGAUUGUUAUGAAUAUGUGUCUUAUCUGUAUGUUUAGCCAAUUCAUAUUCAAUUACCUCUUAAAAUUCAUGAUUUAAGCUGCAAUUGGUCAUUGUAUGCAACUAGGGGUACUGGUUUAGUUGCAUCGGGGUUAAGCUUGAAUGGACUGAUAUUUCAUGAACGAUUCUCCCUCAGGGGUCAUAGUGAUUCUGAUUUGAUUAGAAUCGCCUGGCUUGGGGUUGUUUAAAAAUAAACAUAAGAUCUGGGGAAGUUUCUAGAAAUAGUUACAUGUAGAGGCUUUGUCACAUCGCCUUGGUGUGACUUGCGUGUUUUUGCUACCCGCGCGCAGGUCGACCGCAUUGACAGCAUCUCGCACGCAUCUCCCAUGCAGUUGCCUGCAGGAGCGCACGCAAGUCUGAUUUGCGCGCAGAUGUUUCGGGUGAGUUAUUUUACAAGCAAUCACUCGAAAUUCUUGCAAAGAACGAUGUGACAGGGCCUUAUUAAGUCUGAUUGAAAUGCCAUACCUAACUCCUAACAUUUACAUGAUAUAUGUAAUGCGUAAUCUCAUUGAUCACCAUGUGGUCGAGCGCAUCUCAUUUGCAUGAUCUGACCAAUGCAGUGAUGUGAUACCACAUACCACCAAUUUUUCAGUCAUUUUUAAAUUUUUCAUGUCGCAUUAAUUUUGUUACCAAAAAGCAAAAUGAAAACCUUUCCUCUCAAUUUUAUUUAAUUUUCUUAAUACAAAUAUACUGAAUAGGCUCGUCUUAUUGAUAGUCUUCUCUAUUAAGGUAUGUUUUAAGACUAGCUAAAAAGAGAUGCCACACACACUUGUGGUCAGUUCACUUCCCCUUUAACCCUAACUUACCUGGGAUAUUUUGUAAGCUUAAAUGCUGGGGGGUAUUUCUGUGCCCCCAUAUAUUUUUUAAGAGUUAAACCUUUUGUUUUGAAUAGCAUUGAAUAUAAAUAUAAAAUGCAAUAUGAAUUAGGUGCAGCAUCUGUAUUAUUUCUGUCUACUCAAGGGUGUAGACUGGUUUGUGGGGAGGGCACAUCCUGGGGAGGUGGAACUUAAUUGGGGGGGGGGGUGCACAUUGAUCUUGGGGAGAUGGAACUAAAGUUUGUAAAAUCAACUGUUGAAAGCAGAAGAAGGGGUACAAAUUUUGUUUUGCUUGCCAGUGUUAGAACUCCUCAGCGGGAGGGUGCAGGUGCACCCCCUCUCCUGCCACGCCCUUGCUACUCAUAUGUUUUUUUGUAUUUUCAGGGAUGAUAAGUUAUUGAACAAAACCAUAAAAUGUCCAGUUGUGCUCAAAAGCUAGUGAACCCCACCACAAAAUGCACUCCUUCAUGGUGAGUGUUGAAUAGAGACGACACUAUAAUGUUUGGCAAUCCCAGAGAAAUAAACUUUAUUGAAUAUAAUAAGUGGAGCGUUGUGGCCCAGUGGAUUAGUCUCCGGACUUUGAAACAGAGGGUCGUGGGUUCGAAUCCCAGCCAUGGCGUAAUUUCCUUCGGCAAGAAAUUUAUCCACAUUGUGCUGCACUCAACCCAGGUGAGGUGAAUGGGUACCUGGCAGGUAUUUAUUCCUUGAAAUGCAUGUGCGCUGUAAUCAUAGUAAUUACGGCAGCCAAGCUACAGCUGGGGUAAUAAUAUCCAAGUCCUUUGGAAGCGCAUAGGGACAUUAUUCAUAAUUGUGAUAUGCGCUAUACAAGAACUGUAUAUUAUUAUUAUUAUUAACAAGUUUUCACCUGACUUCAGAAUUAAAUAUUAAAACAUGGCUUAACUUGAACACUUAUAUUUUCUGGUGGGGUUCACUAUGUUUUGAGUACCACUGUAGAUACUGAUAAUAAUAGUACCAUUCUUUAUAGACGCAUAACGCCUACAGUUCUCUAUGCGUGAGGAAAGCGGGAAAUAUAGUUAGAAUUGUAGAUUUAAACAUUAAAAAUAGAAUAUGUACAUCAAAGAAUAUUAAUACAAAGAUUGAACCUAACUUAUUUAAACAUUCUAAAAGAGGUGGGUCUGUAAUUGUACUUUGAAUUGCUCAAGUUGGGUCAUAUUUUGUAAAGUCAGGGGAGAGAAUUUCCAUUGUGCUGGUGCAGCUUUCUGGAAAGCCUGAUCCUCAUAUGAUUCGGUCUUGACAGCAAUUUCAGAGAGAAGAUUUUGUGAACCAGAAUGGAGAUUACGUUUGGGUUUAUGAAUUUGGACAAGUUUUUUAAGAUAAGCAGGUGCAAUACCAUGUAUACAUUUGAUUGUUAAUUGAUUGUUACAUUUGAUUGGUGGAGCGUUGUGGCCCCGUGGAUUAGUCUCCGGACUUUGAAACAGGGUCGUGGGUUCAAAUCCCAGCCAUGGCGUAAUUUCCUUCAGCAAGAAAUUUAUCCACAUUGUGCUGCACUCAACCCAGGUGAGGUGAAUGGGUACCUGGCAGGAAUUACUCCUUGAACGCUUUAGCGCCUAUUAAUAUGGCGGCUCAGCUACAGCCGGGGUAAUAAUAUGAUACCAAGUUUCAAAGUGCAGUUUAGUUUAUGCACAUAGUAAGUGCACUAUAUAAAUGGACAUAUAAUUAUGAGAAGUUUAUAUUUGAUCCUUGAAAUUUUGUCUACCAUUUGGAAAGACUGGACAUUGGGGAAUAAUUGGUCAUGAGGCCAAGCGGUUGACGAUGAGGUUGAAGAUGGAGUGAAAUUAGACCAAGCAACAAUUCACCAGAAUAUUUCUCUAUUUUGCAUUAAAUGCACACUCAAGUCGUUUAUCACUUUUGUAUCAUCUUUUGUAUUAAUAACACCACCACACAGUCUGAAAAAAACUCUAUUUGUUUGAUUUUGUGAUUAAAAGAGAGAAAGACAGUA